AGUCGCGCAGACCCGAAGCCCGCGCAGGCGCAGACCGCGCACACUGGUCCCGGCCUCCGGCAGCUGGUUCCGAGGUGCCAGCCCCUCCGCGUUCGCGCAUGGAGGGGCGCGUGAGCCCCGUGGGCUCGUCCCACGGUUUCCUCAAGACGGGCGUGCUGUUCCGCGGUCCCGUGGAGCCCCUCGUCUUCCUGGCCAACUUUGCCCUAGUUCUGCAGGGACCGCUCACCACCCAGUACCUUUGGCACCGGUUCAGCACAGAGCUCGGGUACAAUGGCACCCGCCACCGGGAGAACUGUGGGAACCAAAGCGCGGAUCCCGUCAUGAAGGAAGUGGAGACUCUGACAUCCCACUGGACCCUCUACAUGAACGUGGGAGGCUUCCUGGUGGGACUCUUCUGGUCCACCCUGCUGGGAGCCUGGAGUGACCGCGUGGGUCGCCGCCCAUUGCUGGUGCUGGCUUCUCUUGGUCUGCUGCUCCAGGCCGUAGUGUCCAUCUUUGUGGUGCAGCUAGAACUGCACGUCGGGUUCUUCGUGCUUGGCCGAGCACUUUGUGCUCUUCUGGGGGACUUCAACGGCCUCCUUGCUGCUAGCUUUGCCUCUGUGGCGGAUGUUAGCUCUAACCGCAGUCGCACCUUCCGUAUGGCUCUGCUGGAAGCAUGCAUUGGUGUGGCCGGGACUCUCGCAAGCCUUCUCGGGGGUCAUUGGCUCCGGGCCCAGGGUUAUGCCAACCCCUUCUGGCUGGCUUUGGCCCUGCUGAUCGUUAUGACUCUAUAUGCAGCAUUCUGUUUUGGUGAGACAGUGAAGGAGCCAAAGUCCACCAGGCUUUUCACGCUCCGCCAUCACCGAUCCAUUGUCCAGCUGUAUGUGGUUCCAGCCCCAGAAAAGUCCAGGAUGCAUCUAGCCUUGUACUCAUUGGCCAUAUUCGUAGUGGUCACUGUGCACUUUGGGGCUCAAGAUAUCCUGACACUCUAUGAGCUGAGCUCACCCCUCUGCUGGGACUCCAAGCUGAUUGGCUAUGGCUCUGCAGCCCAGCACCUACCCUACCUCACCAGCCUGCUGGGCCUAAGACUUAUGCAGUUCUGCCUGGCUGACACCUGGGUGGCUGAGAUUGGCCUGGCCUUCAACAUCCUGGGAAUGGUGGUCUUUGCGUUCGCUACCAUUACACCCCUCAUGUUCACAGGGUACGGAUUGCUCUUCCUGUCACUAGUCACGACGCCUGUCAUCCGGGCCAAGCUCUCCAAGCUGGUGAGCGAGUCGGAACAGGGUGCUCUCUUCUCUGCUGUGGCUUGUGUGAAUAGUUUAGCCAUGUUGAUGGCCUCCGGCAUCUUCAACUCACUCUACCCGGCCACUCUGAACUUCAUGAAGGGCUUCCCCUUCCUCCUGGGAGCUGGUCUCCUCUUCAUCCCAGCCAUUCUGAUUGGGGUACUGGAGAAGGCUAGUCCACACCCUGAGUUCCAGCAGUUUCCUCAGAGCGCCUGAUCUGCCAGAAGCCACGAGGAGCAGUGGACCCACACCGACUGUAUAGACCUAAAGCCCAGUGCACCAGCCGCCUCUCUGAAGGCAGUAUUCACUUUGGAAAGGGUGUUCAAGCCAGUUAUGGGCAUCACCUGUUCUCUGACUGAGCCUUUCUCUGCUAGAUACAGAAUCUAAUCAGGAGAGGUCCACUUUAGGGCAGGCUACGGGAGCCAUUUGUGCCAAGAGUUUCUUCACCUUUUGUGCUAUUUAUCACUCAGAACCUUCUCCCAGAGUGAAGGAGAUGGCAUUUGGGGGACCAAGCAUGGGACCAACCUCUCCUAGCCCAUGGUACUAGGUCCCUGCUGUGUUCAGUGGCCUCUCCCUUAUGAUAACUGUAAUGAUAACCAUGGUAUCUGGGAGAGGGCUUCUUGACAAAGAGAGAGAAGCCCUGUCUAUGGUUGGGAAACCAUCCUUGACCUCAGUCUAUCUACCCUUGACCUCAGCCUUGCCAGUUGUCACAGUAAAUUGUUUGAAUCAGUCUGAAAAGUU